AGUCCCCUCUCGGCUGCUCCGAGAUACAAAGCCCAACCCGCCCAUCUCUUUGCAAACCCCGAUAACUUCAGUCCCCAUGUUGAAACUCGUCGGUGGCGGUGGCGGGCAGCACUGGGCAUGCUCAGUAGCGGGGACAGGUCUGGGAGGCAAGGAAGCCGCGUUUGAAGUCGCGCGGCCCGGGGAUCAGAGGGAGGCGGGCUGUGGGGGCCCCGGCUGGGGGUCCUCGGGGAUCCCGGAUUCCGCGCCGGGAGCCGGAAUGCUCCCGGCCGGCGCGGCGGGGCGGGCGCGCGGGGGGCAGAGCACCGAGGAGCGGGGGGAGCCGGUGGGAGAAGGGGAGGAGCGCCGGGCUCGCCAUCCCCCGGCGCCGGCUCUGCGGCUGCUGAAUCGGAAACCGCAGGGAGGAUCCGAGGAAAUAAAGACGCCCGAGAAUGACCUCCAGCGAGGCCGCCUGAACCGGGGCCCGCGCGCCGCCGCACCAGCCCCCGGCAUGGGCGAUCGGGGCGGGCGGCCGGAGCACUCGGCCACGCACGCCCCGGGGGCCCCCGCCGACACCGGCGCUGCCGCCGUGAACGGGCUGCUGCACAACGGCUUCCACCCGCCGCCUGUCCAGCCGCCGCGCCUCUGCAACCGGGGCCCCGCGGGCAGUGGCGAGGCGGCACCCCCGCGCCUCCCGCUCUUGCCCGAGCUCCAGCCGCAGCCACCGCCCCCUCAGCACGACUCCCCGGCCAAGAAAUGCCGGCUGCGAAGGAGGAUGGACUCGGGGAGAAAGAACAGGCCGCCAUUCCCCUGGUUCGGCAUGGAUAUCGGUGGAACACUGGUUAAAUUGGUCUACUUUGAGCCAAAGGAUAUUACAGCCGAAGAGGAACAAGAGGAGGUGGAGAACCUGAAGAGCAUCAGGAAGUAUCUGACCUCUAACACGGCUUACGGGAAGACGGGGAUCCGAGACGUCCACCUAGAACUGAAAAAUCUGACCAUGUGUGGGCGCAAAGGGAACCUGCAUUUCAUCCGCUUCCCCAGCUGUGCAAUGCACAGGUUCAUCCAGAUGGGCAGCGAGAAGAACUUCUCCAGCCUUCACACCACUCUCUGUGCCACAGGAGGCGGGGCGUUCAAGUUCGAAAAGGACUUCAGAAUGAUUGCUGACCUGCAGCUCCAUAAACUGGAUGAACUGGACUGUCUCAUUCAGGGCCUGCUUUAUGUCGACUCCGUUGGCUUCAAUGGCAAGCCGGAAUGUUACUAUUUUGAAAACCCCACAAAUCCUGAAUUGUGUCAGAAAAAGCCGUACUGCCUUGACAACCCAUACCCUAUGUUGCUGGUGAACAUGGGCUCAGGGGUCAGCAUUCUCGCAGUGUACUCCAAGGACAACUAUAAAAGAGUCACAGGGACCAGUCUUGGAGGUGGAACAUUCCUAGGCCUAUGUUGCUUGCUGACUGGUUGUGAGACCUUUGAAGAAGCUCUGGAAAUGGCAGCUAAAGGCGACAGCACCAAUGUUGAUAAGCUGGUGAAGGACAUUUACGGAGGAGACUAUGAACGAUUUGGCCUUCAAGGAUCCGCUGUAGCAUCAAGCUUUGGCAACAUGAUGAGUAAGGAAAAGCGAGAUUCCAUCAGCAAGGAAGACCUCGCCCGAGCCACACUGGUCACCAUCACCAACAACAUUGGCUCCAUUGCUCGGAUGUGUGCAUUGAAUGAGAAUAUUGACAGAGUUGUGUUUGUUGGGAACUUUCUCAGAAUCAAUAUGGUCUCCAUGAAGCUGCUAGCAUAUGCAAUGGAUUUUUGGUCCAAAGGACAGCUAAAAGCUCUGUUUUUGGAACAUGAGGGUUAUUUCGGAGCUGUUGGGGCGCUGCUGGAACUGUUCAAGAUGACUGAUGACCAGUAGUGAUGACCGGUGGGUGGAAGAGCCUUCUGGGAGAACAGAGAACUCAGAGCUACUGCCGGAGGAGGGAGAUGCCGCGCUGUGGGACGGAAGCCAAGCCAUUACGGCGGACGAACCUGCUGGAUUUGUAAAUAAUUUAAAAUCCUUCUAGCUGAUCUUUUACUCUUGGGUUUUGAGCUGAUGAUUCAAAAUGGGGAAUACAAGAGUUUUUUCUGUAUACGGUAUUUUUAAAAAAAAAAAAAAAAAAAACAACAUUUGUGCAGCGAGGCCAAACCUACGAAUUUUAUGCAUUAAUCUUGAAAAGUUGAAUGAUGUAUAAGAAGGACCCGAAAUGUAAGUGCUGUUUAUUUUUCUUCUGGGGUUUACUGAUCAGUGUGGUAAUUUUAACUUCAUUUAGUAAUGACUCUAGGAGAUUCUACCUUUACUUAUAUUCUUCAUGACGUUUCAUGAUCUGCUGUUGGUUUCAAAUGAAACUACAAAUCUGGCAUGUUUUACUGUGAACACGAUUUUGUUUGUUUGUUUAUAUACCUUUUCUCGUCUUGUUUUUUUUUUUUUUUUCCCCUGUUGGAAUGUCUUAUGGAGAAAGAAAGUCCUUCCCCCUGUUUCUGUCCUCAAAUGACUCCCUCUCCUCCUCAAUACCUUCCUUUAACCCAGUUGUUCCUAUCAAUCAAGGUGCUGACCAACUCCAUACGAAGUUAAGCACGAGAUCGAAAGCUCUCGAAAGUGCCCUUGCUGAGAAAACUCUGAAAGUGUUCACGAAUUUUAUGAGUCAGGCAAAAGUUGAAAAUGACACGCAAUUUUGUCAAGGGUUAACCUUAUGAAUAUGCAAUGUUUUGUUGGAUUUAUUUUCUGUUAGGUUAUAGUACAUUGAAAUGUUUCUCUGAUGAAAUGUCCUCACUCAUGCCCAGCCUAUGAAUGGCAGCAAAUCCUUAUGCAGGACUUUGGAACUUCCCGGGUAAAGUCUCCCAGUAGAUUAACUGUUCACAUUGGGAGAUGAGGGAGAAGUCACAGGUUGAGGUGUCAGGUAAUAAUACCUAUUUGUUUUGUACACGUAUGUACAUAGGAGCUUUGUAACAAGGCAUCUUAAAUAAUAACAUUUUUUCAUUUGAAAUAUUUCAAACUGAAAACUGUAUUUCAAUCCCAGUUUCUAAUAUUUAAAAAAAAUCAUGAUACUGAUCUAUCGAUACUUAAUUUUUUCUUCUUUUUCGAAAGAUGUCAUUGGAAUUGAUGGGUAACUUUCAAAUGAGAGUCUUGUACAAAUCCUGAAACGCAUGAGGUCUAAUGAUUUAGAACUGAGUAAUCUUUUGAAUUGAGCAUAUUGCUGAAAGAGAUUUUUGAAGGCAGUGCAAUUCCUCCAUGAUGAAUCUUUCCUUUUCUGCCUCCUGAGCACCAUCUUUAAUUGCUAUAUCUUCAAGUCCUGAAGAACUUGAUGUUAACUGAAGUUCUCACUUGUCUGGUUGAAAUAAAGCCUGUUUCUGUUGUGA